AUGGAAAACAACAUGAAGGGAGAAAUGGGCACAAAAGAGGAAGUGUUUCUAGUGGGGGUGUGGGGUGGGGGUGGUGGGGGUGGGGUGGGGGUUUGUUGGUUGGGGGGGUGGGUGGUGGGGGGUGGGUGGUGGGGUUUGGGGGGGGGGGUGGUGGGGUGGGGUGUGGGGUGGGGGGGGGGGGGGGGUGGGUGGUGGGGGGGGGUGGGGGUGGGGGGUUUGGGUGGUGUGUGGGGGUUGGGGGGGGUGGGGGGUGGGGGGGGGUUGUGGGUGUGUGGGGGUGGGGUGGGGGGGGGUGGGGGGGGUGGUGGGGGGUGGGUUGGGUGGGGUGGGGGGGUGGUGGGGGGGGGGGGGUGGGUGGUGGGGGGGUGGGGGUGUGGGUGGUGGGGGGUGUGGGGGGGUGGGGGGGGGUGUGGGUGGUGGUGGGGGGUGGGGUGGGGUGUGGGGGGGGUGUUGGGGGGUGGGGGGGGGGUGGUGUGGUUGGGGGUGUGGGGGGGGUGGGGGGGGUGUGGGGUGUGGGGGGUGGUGGGGUGGGGGUGGGGGGGGGGGGUGUGGGGGGGUGUGGGGGUGGGUUGUGGGGGUGGGUGGGGUGGGUGGGGGUGGGGUGGGGGGUGUGGGUGGGGGUGGGGGUUGGGGGUGUGGGGGGUGGGGUGGGGGGUGGUGGGGUGUGGGGGUGGUGGGGGGUGGUUGGGGUUGGGGUGGGGUGUUUGGGUGAUAGGGUGGGUUGGAGUUGGGGGUGGGUGGGGGUGGUGGGUUGUGGUUUGGGUAUUUUGGGGGUGGGUGGGUUGGGGGGGGGUUUGUGGUUGGGGGUGGUUGGUGGGGUGGGGGUGGGGGGUUGUGGGGUUGGGGUUUGGUUGUAGGUGGUGUGGGGGGGGGUGGUUGGGUGGGGUUUUGUGUGUGGUGUGGUGGGUUGGUGGGGAUGGUGUGGGUGGGUGGUUUGUGGGUUGGGGGUGGGGUUGGGUGUGGGGGGUUGUGGUGGGGGGUGGGUGUUGGUGGGUGGUUGUGUGGGGGGUUUGGGGGGUGUGGGUUGGUGUGGUUGUGUUUUUUGUUGUGUGGGUUGGUGGGUGGGGUUGGAUGUGGGGGGGGUUAGGGGUUUAG